CGCCAAUGGGCGGAGUCGAAGCGGGGAGAGAGCAAACUGUGGAUGAACCCGAAUGCCAAUGACGAGCUCUGGGUCAGUUUGUGUUCAACGCCAGCAGCAAAGAGACUGGUGGCAACUGGCAUGUUGUGUAGUACCAUGGAGAGCGACAGGUCUGGAGUAGUUAGUGUCGUGCCAAUAAGUUCGUCGGGCUGAUAGGUCGUGUAAAGCCAUGAGGCAUCAUGUGCAGCUACUGUUGCUGUUGCGCCUCUUGAUGCUGUCGUCCCAGCACUGAUCAAGAGGCUUUCCUUGUUCUGCUGGACAUGCAGAACAAGGUUCUUAUUGUCCUUCUAUGUUUUGAAUUUGGUCUCAGCUCGGGUCUUAGUGUGUACAAUCGAUCGAGUGAUUCGCCACUCCUAGGGCCCCGGAGGCCAGACCACUCCAGUUUUUCGCACCUAGAACUCCACAGACCUCUAUUUUCGGCUUCCGGGGCCUUCCAGAGUGCCAACCCCAGCAACAGUGACGUCCGCCCCCACCUGAGGCGGCAUCAAACGUGGAAUAGACCUAGGAGAUCAAAACUAAAUCAAUCAAUGCACACUGACCAACGGAGGUUUAGAUAUCGUGAAAGUUCACCAGGUGGUGCCGAGAUAACUAGACUGUCAACUCUUAGUACGAGCAAUGUAAGCUCACACCGGUUAAGAAAAAACAGAAAAGGUUUAACCGAACCGAUUAGGUUACUUCGUGAUAGAGAUGAUGUGUACAGAGAUAGUGAGUUGGAGGACGGAACACGCAAUCCUCGAAGUGCUAAUGGGACGAACAGGUUCCACGAAGUUUUUAUUAAUAAUGUUGUUUUAGUGUCUGCGUCGUCCCAUCAGGUCAUAGUCAUCACGCCCGAAGGACAGGUCAAGACUGAACGCAUGGAAGGCCAAGCGUCACACAACGUACAUCCGAGAGCGUUGCUGAACAUCCGAAACUUCGGCGGGACACACGCGGCCACCGUUGUGCAGAGCAUGUCCCUGGGCCUCUUCCUAUGCAUCGACAGAAGCGGACAUCUCUACGCCACCUGCAACUACAACCGAGAAUGCGAGUUUCUGUACAACUUCGAAGAUACGAACUACAACUCUCUGCAGAGCUACAUCUACAGGAGGUUGUUCAUCACGGUGUCCCAGCGUGGCACCAUUAGGAGGUCGAAGCCUCACCAAGGACCUUUGGGCAUGAAUCAGAGUUUCUUGCCACUUUCCAUCCCCGAAACGAAAGCCCGCGAAGUUUUAUCGAUUUUCUAUAAAGAAAACCCGACUGAAUUGCAGCAUUGUGCCGACUACCGAGGCUUUGUGCCGAGCAAUGCAGUUAAGCCAUUAACUAUCACACCAACACCUCGGAUUCGGCACAAGAAAAGAAAACGAAUCAACGUGCCUCAGAACACUACAGGUCAAGUGCGACUUCCAAACCAUCCUCUGGGUCACGGAACAACAAGUGUAUAUCACAUCAGAGGUCGACAGCAACCAACCGAGCUGCCUCCAUUGAAUAGACAUAGACACCCGCUCCCGGGUUAUGCUAACGUUAUCACAUCUACAACUCCACCUUUGUACAGCGUCAAAAUUUCCACCACUACCAUUAGUCCUUCUACAACCGACUCUUCUUCGCCUCGCAGGAAGAAGAAAAGGUGCAAAACUGUUGAAUGUAGAAGAAAACGACGGAAAAAGAGAAAGGAGAAGAUAAGACAAGCUUAUAGGAGUUGCAUGAGCUUAGAGCAAGAUAGACGAAGGAAGUGUGUGUUAACACAACGUAAAAAGUUCAUAAGAAGGAAACACAGGUUAAAUGUUCAUCCGCAUCUAAGAACGACGACUCCUGAGCCUUCAGUAAACAUACCUACUACAAUAACCCCAUCCUUAGUAGAACUUCCUCCCACAACCCCACAUAGUAGAGCCCCCUCGCCUAAUCUAUUAAGAAAUGAGGUGGUGUCUUUUCAUCGCAAUAAUGACUUGUUUCCACCGAACAGUUUUAGCCUGUCCUUCAGCAACCGAAGUCAAGGGCGACCUUCUGCUUCAUCGAACGGUCAACAGCCCUUUCAUAGGACGCCCUCGUGGUCCCCUGCUCAGCCCCGGACGCCCUCAGGAGGAGGCAGAAGAGUCCCAGCGCCUCGGAGGAGACUGGUGGCUCGAACGCGAGUCCUCGAAGGGCCUAAAGCGCGGCAGUACGAAAACAAAUCCGAGCGGCACAAACGACUACGGGGGCGGAAUCUCCAACAAAAUCAAAUUCAAUGAUGAUGCAGAUGACAUAUCCUCGCAAGUUUCAGAGGACCCGGAUAACGCGAACACUCAAUUCGUAUCUGAAAGCCAUGAUCGAGCUGAUAGCAUGGACGCUUACGAGGACAUCGUUUCAAUCGACCUUAGUGAGUACACUACUGUUCAUCAUGACGAAGAUGUUCGUAGUAAAAAUAGGAUCAAAUAUUCAAGGUAUACGUGCGUAGCGAUCAUUCUUUUUGGUUUAAUUCCUGCAGUAUUAAAAUGUAUUAAAUUUAGCUUGCUACAAAGAGUUGUUCGGUGUUUUUGCCUAACUUUCUGCAAGAAUCUCAAAUCUAACCAAAAGUCUUUAAGUACCUGUGAGGCUGAAGCUGCGAUUGAACUCAACACGCUUAAUCCUAGUGACGUCGAUGCACCGGAAUUUAGCGCAGGGUCUCUGCCGAUGAUCAUGAGAGCUCGGUCAUCCAGUUCUUCUUCUGGAUUUUCUUCUGAGAACGAAGAAUUCGGCCGAGCUCUGUUGUCAAGGCUUUCCGUCGCUCCUUCAGAAGACGCACCAGACAUCCCAGCGAUGGCGACACUUAGGGGAACAUUUUACACAAACGACGACGACCUGCAUGGCGGCGGUGAGUCUGCGAACUCUUCGAACCACGAUUCGUCUUGCAUCGUGGUGGUUGAAGUACAUUAGGUUCCAAUGGAGGAGACGUGCAGCCUGGGCCUCGAAUAAAAUAUGAUUCUGUGUUUUAACCGCAGGUUUUAUGUAAGUCUUUUAAUUUGUGUUUGACCUCCAGACAUCAGUCAUGUCUUUUGAAAUCUUUGUUACCUAAUGAUUACGCUCGUUAUCAGAAUGUGCCAUAUGCUAUCUAAAUAUGUGUAGUUUCUUUUGAACUGUUAUCAGCAAAAGAUGGAGUCCGUAGGGCCAGUCGUGAAUGAAUGGCGUUGCUCAUUAGCUUGUUAAGUGUAUUGCAAUGGUUGCUUUGCACCAAUUUAGAAUCUGACAUGCAUGCGUAGACUGCGUGACACGCGUGCGGCAACUGCGUUGUACGUGCGGUGACUGCGUAAGUAGCGUAACGUGAGACUCGGUGCACAUUGUGUCUCUUGAAUCAUCACGCGUUCUAGACCUCGCGCCCAGAGUAACUAUAGAAUUGAAUUUUAAAUCUACAUCUUGUACUAAACCUUCAUUCCAAACUCUUCUUCUCAUACAUUUCAUGUGAUGACAUUUACUUCUCAGACCGGUGAUGUGCAAAUUAUCUAAGGAAAUCAUAUACCGUGGAUAAAUAGCUUGAAUCUUUUACCGGGGACGGAAUUUUUUUUAUAUCGCCGCAACAGAAUUAUCUAUUUUAUCUGCCUACGACUUGGUUGAUUUUUAAAUGAAUUGUUUCAGUUUCAGCUGAAUUUUGUGCUUUCAAUUCCAUUGGUUGUGAAUUUAUGUCGUUGAGUUUUAUGCGAAUGUUCUGUCUUUAUUUGAAGACUAGAAAGGUUCGUGCAGAAGCAAGCUACGAGAUGCCUCGGUCGGUUAGCUAGGAGCAAGCGUUGACACGAGUAACUCCCGCUGGCGGUGAAUACGUUAGUCAAUGAUCGUUAACAGAUUUUCCGUUAUGAAAGUAACGGUGAGUGACUUGUAAAAUGAAGAAUUCGAUUCUAUAUUAAUUUAUGCUAGAGCAUCUACAAUUAUUUCAGCAUUGCUAAAGCACCAUUUGAUUUUCAUUUCAAGUUCAGCGUUCGAACACUUUCAUUGUGAAUUGUCUUUGCUGUGCUUCGCGCUGUCAACAAGCUUCAGACUUUCUAUGGUGCAGGGUUGCGAGCGCGAUUUCAACUUAUUAGGCUAUUACUUACUAAUCGAUGAUUUUUGUUAUGCCAAACAUUUAUUAGUUUACGAGAAAAAAAUUCAAUUCAGAUUAUUGUUCAAAAUGUUGUAAUUCAAUGUUCUGAGAAUGAAUGUUAGUAUACGGAAAAUAGAAGAAUAAAUUAACAUGUAUAAGAAACCAUUGUAAUGAAGCUGUUAAUGUAAGGUUAUUUUAGUGUAAAUAAACACUUGUACAGUUGUAGGUGUAAUUAUAUUAUAUUUUAUGUUUUGUUUUGCAGCUAUAACGAAGACUUCGUCGAAAAUUCUUCUUGUAUCGCAAAUUAGUUCGAGAUAACCACAGAUUAACGUAAAUCAAAGGAAUGUUCAACGACGUUAAACAAAUAAUUUGCUGCAUUUUGGGAACAUGCAAGAACCUAAUGCAAGUACGUCAUAAUAUAUUCAAUUAUGCAUAUUUUUAGUUCGAUUAACGAUACCUCUAAAAUUUGCAUUUCUUCGUGCCUUGCCCAUGAGUUGCAAAAGUUUUUUGGUGUAAUCUUUCGUGGCAAUAAUAUUUUUCUACUCACGAAUCACGACUCAUAUCAGCAUUUUUGCCAUCUCAUUCCAAAAUAAAAACUUUUAAAUCACAAGGUACGAAAAUAUGCAGAUUUUUCAUACAAUCUAUGAUUAAUACGCCCCACCAAAAAGCCUCGAGAUGCUACCGUCAAGCUAGCUUAGCACGUUCCUUUAACCAAUUGCAGCAUAAUUAUCUUCUAAUAACUUCGUUCUAUUGAGCUAAAUCCGUUAAUUCGAGUUUGUUGAAUACGUGAAAAUUACUGGGAAACUUCCCGACUGGUUUGAUAUAAUGCGCUGUUGUUUUCAGGUGCAAACGUUUGAAAGCUUGUUCUAGACCUGACCUUGCUCUACUCUUGAGUCUGCUGUCACUGCAACUGAGACGUGUUCAGUUGCACAUGAGCUGAGACAUGUUCAGUUGCGCAUGACGAGUUGAGACGUCUUACUAUCCGCUUUUGGUCGCAUACACCAAAAUGGUUUUUAUGUCCCAAUAAGCUGGUUCUUGUAUGCCACCAUGAUUUAAGCUAGUACAAAUUUUGUUGGAUAGCGUUCGAUGACCUGAAAUAUUCUCCUUGUUGACGAAGUUUUUACUCAUUUUCCGUGUUAUCUGUACACUUGUUAGUAUUAACUAUUUAAACCUGCAAUUAAUUGGACUUGAAUGUGCGGGUUUGGUUGGGCAGAAGUGAGGCUUUCUUGAUUUUGAAAAGUUAAUAUGUCUGUUGUAUGGACGCCAGCUCGACGUCGAAAUUCAUCGACGGUGCGAAAUCUCUAAUGACGAAAUCGCAAGCGGAAGAAUAAUUAUUGCGCUAGUUUGAGACCGUCCUCAAUCACGAGUUUGAAGUCCCUCUCUAUCAUUUUUAUGAUUUUUGUUGAAUUCUAUGCAAAAAUUAAUUUCUAGAUGAAUUUCAACCUGCAGUGUGGUUUGCGUGGGGGGCAGUGGUGGGGUGGGUGCGAGAUUAAUGAUCAGACAUACAGUGUUUGGCAAGCUUUUUACUAGCUCAAAUGCUGAGUGUUUAAGAAUUGUACUUCAAACCGGAGCGAUCAAGUAAUUAUACUUACGCCCAAUCAUAUUCUUCAAUACAUGCGGAUUUUCACCAUCCAAGUUCUGAUUAUAACCCAUCACUACUCGCUCUUUACAGCUUGAUUGGCUCCUUCUAUCCUAGGUAUUCAUUCUGCUUCAAUCGAUUUCUUAGCCCCUAUGAACUCGUUGUCGACCGUGGUCCCUACUGGAGACCAAAGACACUCACACCUCCUAAUGGAAACGUUGGCAAUCGCAUCGCACAAGGCCAAAAGGCAACCGGAUCACUUGUUCAAGACAAUCAGCAGUCGCUCCCUAUUUGCAUAAUCGCGCAAAAAUCAAACCUAUUCGCUGGAGUUUGCAAAAAAAGGUCACACAGCAUCGGCCCUUCAAGGCCUCGUUGGCAGUUCUUACCAUUGAGCAUCGAUACUGCCAACGCAGUAACGGAAUUUCGGAAACCUGGGGUUCGUUUUGAUCAGAUGAGUGGAAUAUUUUGGGUUGGCUCCGAUGCGAGUCGGAGUCAGCGAUGCAUGGUGAGAUCGAAGCUCCGAAAUAUUCUAAUUGCCCUCCCGCUCUAGUCAAGGCGCCUUUGCAGCCCCGUGUAGAUCAUAGAGAGCUUCGUCACGAUACUGCAAGAAAUAAAUAUUUUAUAUCGUAUUUAAUCCUUGCAUUAUUUCUAGUCAAGGCGCCUUUGCAGCCCCGUGUAGAUCAUAGAGAGCUUCGUCACGAUACUGCAAGAAAUAAAUAUUUUAUAUCGUAUU